UGUGAGACAACGAAGGCUGUGGCGAGCAUCACUAGGUGCUCCGAGUAACUGGAAGCGGGGUGUGUAUAGCGCAGACAGGAAAACGACGAGAGUAUCUCAAGACGUCACUAAGACAUCAAGACAUCAUCAGGACGUCAUCAGUCAAGCGAGAUAAGAUAAGGUGUCGCUAAAUCAAGCCCGUCAGGAUGAUAGUGUUCACCAUCAUCAUCGUCUUCCUGAUAAUCAUGAUGAAUGCUAUCUAUCAAGAAAUGGAGAGACGGGACGCACUUCUCCUCAAUGCCACGCUCAGCAAUGCAUCCUUAUUCCUGGCUAAUGACUUCGAUGACGCUUGGCUGAGUGGAUUUGUAAAUGAAAACUUGACUCUGAACCUCAAUGACACUUCGCCGUCGGAAGGUGUCAAAGUCAGGGUCAUGAUUCAACCUGACUGGGAAGUCGUGGAAGGAACGUUCGAACACUUCAAGGACGAGAACUUCGAAACACUUUUAAUCGCUGUCGGUGUUCCCUAUUUUGUGAGGAACAUGAUCAUAGGAACAACGCCUACCGUGCAGAUUGAACACAUUGAGAAAGGAGACGAUUACUAUUACGAUAUUGAAGGCGACUAUAUAGCAGACGAGGACCAAGCUGACGGGGAAAUCCCAGAGCCUGGUUAUCAGCUGGUCAUUACGACGUCAACAUGGAUGAGAACAGCUGAGGAAAGAAUUCGCCCGGGAUAUUCCUUUCUUAAGACGGAUUACGAUGGAUCUCCGUCCAAGAACACUUAUAAGUUCAUGAAUCCGAGAGUCUUAUUGCAUAGGAAGGAGAAGGAGAACAUGAAUACGGAUAUUAUUCGCAAAUUCGAUGAACAAGGCUUCGUUAUGACCAUCUUCAGCAGAGAGGCUAAUAUGAUUGCGAAGAGACACUUCAAACGCGUUUAGACCUAUAACAUUCCCUACGUGUAUGUAUAUAUAUUCAUGUGUAUGUGCACACACACACACACACACUUUUCCUUAUUUACCCUUAGUUUCGUUUUAUGGUAUCCGGGUUUUAUUAAAUUGUUUUUUUUUUAUAUA